CUCCUCUCCCUUCACCGUCGAGCUCUGUCUAACCAGCGAGGUAUGUCCCAACGGUCAGACACGCCAUCCUGCUCGGAUGAUUCCGAUGACAGCACUACCAUUGACCCAACCGGCUUAUACACUAUGGAAGAUUUCAUUUCUGAACAAAGCAUCUUUCACAAUUUGCUUGAGAAGAUCAAUGUGAAGAUUCAGGCCAAAAUCAAACCUCAGCAAGCUAGUACAUCUCGCCGUCGCUUUGCCAGUAGGAAGUACAUUGAGAGAAAUCGUGAAGAGGGCCAUGAACAACUCGUAGCUGAUUACUUUGCUGAACAUCCAAUCUACACUGACAAACAAUUCCGUACAAGGUACCGAAUGAGGAGACCCCUCUUUCUACGUAUAGUCCGUGCCUUGGGAGAGUGGUCUCCCUAUUUCAGAGAAAGGAGAGAUGCCCUUAAUCGUCAAGGACUCACGCCUCUACAGAAGUGCACACACAGUAAUGCACUGUUUCGAGCAGUUUGUGGAAGGGGUGAUUGACAUGUUUGGUGGAGAAUACUUGCGGAGCCCCACUAGCGUGGAUAUGCAACAUCUACUACAAAUGGGUGAGACCUGUGGGUUCCCUGGCAUGUUGGGAAGCAUUGGUUGUAUGCACUGGGAGUGGAAAAAAUGCCCAGUUAAAUGGGUGCGUCGUCUUACUCAUAGUGAUCACGGAGUCGUUAAAAUCAUCCUUGAAGCAGUUGCUUCACAAGACCUCUGGAUAUGGCAUGCUUUCUUUGGUGCUGUUGGGUCUCAGAGUGACAUGACCGUGCUGAAUCAAUCACAGUUGUUCACCGAUAUCUUGAAAGGUCAAGGUCCUGAUGUGCAAUUCACUGUCAAUAGGAGGCAAUACAGUAUGGGUUACUAUCUUGCUGAUGGAAUAUACCCAGAAUGGCCCGUCUUCAUAAAGACAAUACCCCUCCCUCAGACUGAAAAGGAUCGAUUAUUUGCACGAUAUCAAGAAGGAGCAAGGAAUGACGUCCAACGUGCAUUUGGACUCCUAGAAUCACGUUUUCCCAUCGUGCACGGGCCAACAAAAUAUUUUCCGAAGGAAACUCUAGGAAAAAUCAUGCAAACUUGCAUCAUACUUCAUAAUAUGACACUUGAGGAUGAGAAAGAUAUGGCAAGUUUUUGUUUUGACUCGAAUGAGACAUCAGAGACAUCGGUUGCUCCACUGUCAGACAUCAACAAUGGAUCUGCUGAUUAUUUUGCUGAUUUACUACAGAGAAAUGCAACUAUUUCUACAAAAUCAACAGAUAACGGACUCCGAAGAGACUUAAUAGAGCAUGUUUGGCAGCGCUUUGGGCCAUUUGGCGAGAACUAAAACAACCAGUUCUAGUGUAUGGGAGUGCUCAGGAUUUGGCAAUGCUCUCUAUGGAAUUGGAGUCCUAGAAAUUUAAGACUGACUGUGCAUACAAAGCAGCUGAAUCAGCGGUUCCGGGAUGAUCAGAACCGAUGUUGUGGUCACAUUGACUACAGAGAUAUUUUCUGCUCACUUGCCCAGAGCCAACAAGAGAUAUAUCUUUGAUGGGUUGAUACCUAUUCGGAUUCUUGAUUAGAUCUCAUUUUAGCUUCUCCGAGGCCCUGCGCAUUGUCCUCUUCUAUGUGAUCAGCAAGAGAGUGUGGCACGGGAGAAAUCAACUAACCCAAAGACUUUCUGGCCGUGUACCCGUCGUAUGUUCCUCCCGCAGCUGCCUGCUCUGUUCCUCUGUGGUGAAUCUCUGUCUCGUGGUAAUCUUGCUUCAGACUUCUUGAUAUUCCAAGAAACUUAUAAGAACUGUGAGAGUCCAUCUGUUGCACCAGGGUUUGUGGUGUAACCAUCCACCUUUACUAGCCCCAUUAUAUGUUUUGUGAUAUUCUGUAUAAAAGUGUGGACAUAAGCACAACGUCUAUAUAUCAUGCAUGUGUCAGUUAUUUGACUGAUCUCGGUGAAG